UCAUUUUUCCUAAUUACUUCAAGUCUUUCCCAUUAGAAAUGCUCAACAACUUGAAAAACGUGAAAAUGGUAAAACGACAAAACUCGUUAUUAAUGGUCCUUUCAAUUGUGUAUAAAUGAAUUGCGAAGCGCAACCAAACUGUUUAUUAAGGCUAAAAUCUCAUAUCGAAACCCAGCCCACAAACUAGUCUCUGAUUCUGAUCACCCUUUUUCUUGUUAUAAUAUUUUCUUAGGAUUGUUUUGGUGCAAUUUUCUUAGCUUCGAUUUUGUUGGUGGGUGUAAUGGAGAACUGUUUGGGUCUACUUAAAAUUAACGUACAGAGGGGUGUGAACCUUGCCAUCAGAGAUUCCAGAAGCAGUGACCCGUAUGUUGUUGUCAAGUUGGGAAAGCAGAAGGUGAAGACACGUGUGGUGAAGAAGAAUGUGAAUCCGGAAUGGAAUGACCUUCUUACUCUCUCAGUUUCAGAUCCAAAUACGCCAAUCAAGCUGUGUGUGUAUGACAAAGACACCUUCAGCUUUGAUGACAAAAUGGGUGAUGCAGAGUUUGAGAUAGGUCCAUAUUUUAAGGCCAUAAAGAUGGGUCUAAAGGGCCUUCCAAAUGGAACCAUAAUCUCAAAGGUCCAGCCGAACAGGCAGAAUUGCCUAGUUGAAGAGAGCCGAAUUUACUUCAUCAAUGGCAAAGUUGUUCAGGAUAUGGUUCUGAGACUGAGGAAUGUAGAGUGUGGUGAAGUUGAACUUCAGUUGCAGUGGGUUGAUAUCUAAAUUUCAUAAGAUUGUAGAGUAAUUGAAGGUGGGCAUGUCCUACAAAUUUAUUGUGUCCCCUUUCAUUCUAUCUAUAAAUAUGCAAUAGCUAGAACCUAGAAGAUAUAUAAUAGGUAGUAUCCUCCCAUGUAAAUAAAUUUGUCAUUCUAAAUGGGAUGUGAGAAAACCGAGUUAAACUGC